AUGUCCCCACCCAUCGCUACCGCAGAAUCCUCCCGAGCGCCCAAACGUACCAAGCUCGAGGCUCAACAGAAAAAAUCUCAACCGCGUCUCUUUGCACCGUUCCGAGCUCUUGGCUUCAUCACCAACCAUGUUCCGUUCGCACUUCAAGUCAGGCAAGCCAAGGGAGCCUUGGAAGGACCGAAUGUGACGAUCGUGACUAGUCUGGGAAAUAGUUGGGCGAUGUGGGAUGCGGGAAAGAUGAGGUUGUUGUUUGUCGGACUUCCUACGCCAUCCCCGAUCACGAGCCUGGCCGUACACGGCAACGACGUCUUCGCCUCGUCCGGGUCGACCAUACACCGCUACACCCGAGGCAAACUCCUCACCUCCUACACCAUUUCAACUUCGUCCGAGAUCUCCCAAAUUCUCAUCCUCGGAAACACUCUCCUCGCACUCCACCCUUCCUCUUCAAACUCUUCCCCGAAUGGGUCUCUGCAGGUCUUCAACAUAACCACCACCGAAUUGGAAGGAGAGAUUUCUUUUCCCAAGGGGUUUGAACCGAGUACGAUGGUUCAUCCUAGUACUUAUGUGAACAAGGUGCUGGUGGGAGGGAGGGAUGGAAGGAUGGGGAUUUGGAACAUCAAGACGCUCUCCUCGAUCCACAUCUUCCCCGCUCUCAACCCCGCCUCACCCUCUCCCAUCACAAUCCUAACUCAAUCACCUGCUAUCGACGUGAUCGCCGUAGGACAUCUAGACGGGACCGUCCGGGUCGUUGAUAUCAAGGACGGCGAGGAGGUGCUCAAGGUGCGGAUGGAGGGAAACACCGGAGAGGGAAUCGUUGGUGUCGCUUUCAGGAUGGACGGACCCCCUAUCCUAGCGACCUCUUCGACAGCGGGAACGAUUGCCGUCUGGGACCUGAACGCCAAGGGGAAACUCUUGCAUACCAUUCGGGACGCUCACGAGGCGGGUGUGACGGGUUUGCAAUUUGUAGGAGGGUUGUUGAUCAGUAGUGCGGGGGACAAUGGUGUCAAGCAAUGGGCGUUCGACUCGCCCACAGCGGUUCCUCGACUACUGAAAUCACGUACGGGUCACCACUCCCCCCUGACUUCGAUUCGAUACUAUGGCCAGGACGGUAAACAAAUCCUCACCGCCUCGCGGGAUCGUUCAAUGCGAUACACCUCUGUCGUCCGGGAUUCUCGAUCGUUCGAGCUUUCUCAAGGAUCGGUCGUCAGCAAGGCCAACGCGCUAGGAGUCCCUGUCAAGAGCCUGAAAUGGAGUCCGAUCGUCAGGAUGAGCAGCGAGGUCACAAGGAGCAAGGAUUGGGAAGACGUGGUCACCAUGCACGAAGGAGACUCGUAUGCCAGGUCUUGGAGGUUACAGGACAAGAAAGCCGGUCGUUGGGCAUUAGACGUCGAGGACGGGGCGGUUUCUGCCGUAUGCACCUCGGCUUGUGGUAACUAUGCUCUGGCAGGAUCAUCCGUCGGACAAAUUCGGAUGUGGAACUUGCAAUCGGGACAGGAGAGGAAGACCUUUCAAGUGAACGGGGUACCUGCCCCGGUUUCCGUCAUGGGGAAGGGAAAGAAGGGAAAGGUCGUCAAGGGCAAGAAGUCAGGGAGCGCCAUUACGGGAUUAUGUACGGAUGCGUUGAACAAUGUGUUGAUCGCGAGUACUCUGGACGGGUCAUUGAGCUUCUUUGACUUCUUCACAACAAACCUCGAGCACACGAUGAAGUUGCCGGCCAACAUCACGUCGAUCGAGUUGCACCGGGAUAGCGGUCUUUUGGCUGUGGUGUGUGAUGAUCUGAUCAUCCGGGUGUUGGACGUGGAGACGAGGCGGAUUGUGCGAGAGUUGAGCGGGCCGAGACGGCCGAUAUUGGACAUGACCUUUUCGCCGGAUUCGCGAUGGUUGAUCACGAGCUCGAUGGAUUCGGUCGUACGGACGUACGACGUACCGACUGGUCAAUUGGUAGAUGCCUUCAGAACGACGAGUAUCGCCACUGGUGUGACCUUUUCGCCGACUGGUGACUUUUUAGCUACGAGUCAUGUCGAUAGCGUAGGAGUGCAUCUUUGGGCGAACAAGGCGCAGUUCAGCGAGGUUGCUCUGCGGCAUAUCGACGAAAACGAGGUAACCGACGUCGCUAUGCCGACGGUGCAGGGUUCUGAUGAUGAUCAGGACUUGGACGGCAUAGAACCCAUCGGUGAACCCGAAUUCCAGGACAUUUACACGACACCAGAACAGUUGGGCGAGGAGCUUUUGACGCUCUCGUUGAUGCCACGUUCGCGAUGGCAAACGCUAUUGAACCUGGACAUCAUCCGAGCGCGAAAUAAGCCCAAGGAAGCGCCAAAGGCGCCAGAACAGGCGCCAUUCUUCCUGCCAACGGUAACAUCUUUGGACGAUGGCCUUGGUACUAGGUUCGACAUCGCCCCCAAGGAAGACGAUAGCGCAUCAAAGUCGACAACUAGAUUGGACCUGCAGAGCGCUUUUGUCGAGAGCGAGUUCACGCGAUGUCUUGGGCAAGAAAAAGAGGGCGGACGAUACGAGAAAUUCUUUAUCUAUCUGAAAUCCCUCACGCCAGCCGCUAUCGAUAUGGAGAUCCGGUCAUUACUCUCAAUAGAGCAUCUGGAACGCUUUCUUCGAGCGUUGGUCGGACGACUACGUUCGCACCGGGAUUUCGAGGCCGUCCAAGCGGUACUCGCUGUAUGUCUAGCCGUACACAGCGACCUGCUGAUCGCCAACGAAGAGUUGGCCGAGGUCUUGCAGCAGUUAUUGGUAGAACAGCGGAAGGAGAGUGAGAGGUUAUUGAACCUCGUGGGUUAUAAUUUGGGUACGAUGUCGUUCUUGCGGGGUGCAUAA